AUGUUCACUUCAUGUGACAGUGAAUUACAAUAUCAAUUGUCAAAUGGACAUCUCACGAAUGGCGCGCUAUUGAUGCUUUAAUUAUUAAAAUAAAACUAGUUUUGUGUUGUAUAUUUUGGAUACAUCAAGUAUUUCCGUAGCGGUUGGAUAUCUUCUUUGUGAUAGUAAAAUGGGUCUGUUAGAUAUGUGUGAAAAGUAUUUUAAAACAACUAAUCUGUAUGAAAUAUUAAAUUUAACCGAAAAAGCCACAGAAAAAGAAGUAAAAAAAGCAUACCACAAAUUAUCUCUGAAAGUCCAUCCAGAUCGUGUUGAAGAAGAUGCUAAACUUGAGGCUACAGAGAAAUUUAAAGUUCUUGGUGGCAUACAUGCAAUUUUAAGCGACCCAAACAAAAGGGCAUUAUAUGAUGAAACCAAGAGUGUUGAUGAUGAUGAAUAUAAUGUUAUAAAAGAUAGAGAUUGGACUAUCUACUGGAGAAUGCUCUUCAAAAAAAUUACUAUUGAUGACAUAAAAGCAUAUGAAAAGGAAUAUGUUGGUUCUGAGGAAGAGAAGAAAGAUCUCAAAGAUGCAUAUCUAGCAGGUAAAGGAGAUAUGGACUAUAUCUGUGAUCAAGUUCAGUUUGCAAGAUCAGAACAUGAGCCUAGGAUUCGAAACAUACUGAAUGAAAUGAUAGAAAAAAAAGAGAUACCUUCGUAUAAAAUAUUUACACAUGAGCCAGCAAGGAAACGGCAACGUCGCCUUGCCAAAGAAAACCGUGAAGCAGAAGAAGCUGAAGAAUUGAAAAAUGAAUUGGGAUUAGAAGCAAAUAAUUUAGAAGUAAUGAUAAAACAGAAGCAAAAUUCCAGAGCCCAACAACUAGAUUCUUUUCUUGAUAACCUGGCCGAAAAAUAUGGUGGUAAAGCAUCAAAAGCACCUAAACGAAGAGCAACUCCUAAAGCAGAGACAUCUACAAAAAAUAAAAGAAGAAAAUAAUAGAACAUAAUUUAUUCUUGUUAAAUAGAAAGUUAUUUUACUGUAACAACAUAUAUUUCCUUCAUCGAUACAAUUUAAAUACAUAAAUAGGCAACAUAAAAUCUUUGAUUCAGUCACCGUCUUCCAUUGCAACUUCUAGCAUAACUUCAGAAUAAAAUGGUCCUUGAUCUACGUAAGUUUGGAGUCUUGUUAUAAUAUUAGCAUCAAAUGCAGCCGAACUAGAUAGCCUUCUAAUAAUGUCAUAUUUUACUUCUUUUGUUUCUUUUGUGUGAUCAACACUACGAUCUAGUAAGUAUUCAAUGAAACCUGAAAAAUUUUAAAAAAAUUAUC